AUGACCGCCACCGCUGAUAGCUGGGAGUACCCCACCCAACGCAAAUUCGAGGACGUCGCACCCCUCUCCGAGGUCGACCCCAACGACAAGGCCGCCGUCCUUCGCUCGCGCGCUCUCGCUGUCCGUGAGUCGUGGAUCAACGCCAUGGAGGGCCGCAUCAUCCAGCAAGAGUUGAAGAAGUGCUACCGUGCCGAGGGCGUCAACCACUACCAGAACUGCCGUCACCUCGUCGACCUCUACAUGAACGCGCUCAAGGAGAAGAGAGUUGAGGGCUGGAGAAAGACCGAGUCUGCAUAA